AUGGGUCUUCUCAAGCUCUUGCUCAAAGCGAUCCUCAUUCCGAUCGUUAUCCUCAUUGUCAUCAUUGUCGUUACCGUUCUUCUCAUCAAAAUGCGCCGUGACCGCAAAAAGAAAGACAAGGAGUUGGAUAAGCCCUUCCAGCCACCCCCUAUACAGCAAUGGGUGCCGUAUACCCCAGUCCAACAACCAGCCCCCGUUUAUGCUAAGAAUCCUGGGGCGAUGGAGCAAGGACUUGGAAAUGGGCGGCCUUAG